AAGCCUUGGCCCGAUUGAGGAGGAGGAGGCUGCGAGGAAGAGGAAGAUGGCCCAGGAGCUCCAGACAGACAAGGAGCUGAGCACAGAGAGCAGGGAGGAGAAAUCCCCACGGCAGAACCUGGAGGAAGAGGCCGUUUGCAGCGGCUCCACGGUGCAGGAAUCCAACGGGGAGGAAAAGCCGCGGAGAUCCCACACCAGGAGGGGCUGCAAACGGAGAUCGCGGGGAUCUGAGGAGGAAAGACCCAGCCUGGGUUGGGCAGGCGGCCGGAGAUGGAGCCAGAGCUCGGACCUGGUGGUCCAUGAGCAGCUUCAUGAUGGGGAGAAGCGCCACAAGUGCUCGGAGUGUGGGAUGAGCUUCAGAUGGAGGUGCCACCUGAUCUGCCACCAGAGGAUCCACAGUGGGGAGAGGCCCUACGAGUGUGGGGAGUGUGGGAAGAGGUUUCACACCAGCAGCAAUCUCCUCCAGCACCAGCGCACGCACACAGAUGAGAAGCCCUUCCACUUCCCUGACUGCGGGAAGGGCUUCAGGCAAAACUCCACCCUCACCAAACACCGGCGCGUCCACACUGGGGAAAAGCCCCACGAGUGUGAGGAGUGUGGGAAGAGCUUCAGCCACAGCAACAGCCUGAUCAGCCACCAGAGGAUCCACACUGGGGAGAGGCCCUACAAGUGUGAGGAGUGUGGAAAGAGUUUCAGGCAGCGGAAUGAUUUGAUCCAUCACCAGUACAUCCACACUGGGGAAAAGCCCUACAAGUGUGGGGACUGUGGGAAGGGCUUCAGGCACCGUUCCACCCUAAUCGUUCACCAAAAGAUCCACACUGGGGAGAGGCCCUACAAGUGUUCUAAGUGUGGAAUGAGAUUUUCCACCAGCUCCCGGCUCCUCGAGCACUACCAGACACACACAGAGGAGAGGCCCUACGAGUGUUCUGCCUGCGGGAAGGGCUUCAGGAAAAACUCCCACCUCAUCACCCACCGGCACAUCCACACUGGGGAGAGGCCCUACGAGUGUGAGGAGUGUGGGAAGAGCUUCUCCAAGAGCUCAACCUUGACCCAACACCAACAGAGGCACCAUUAAGGGAAGCCCUGUGAGUGCCUGGAGUGUGGGAAGAGCUUCGUGUGCUGCUCUAACCCCAUCCCCCACUGCAAGACCCACGCUGGGCAGAGUCCUGGUGACCCACAUUCACUGGGAUCCAUGUUGGGAAGACACCUGCCUGGUCAUCCUUUUGUUUUGGCCUUCGUUUUUCUCUCUUCUCCAUCUCUUUGUUCUCCAAAAGCCACGAGGGAUUGAUCUGUCACCUCAGAAGCUCCCAAAUCCAAGUAAAAACCCCUCAAUUUUGACUCAAAAUGGAUCAAUCCAACUUUAAAGUGCCUUGUUCUCCCCUCAAAACAACUCAAUCCCACACGAACUUUACUGGAUUUCAGAGCCACCAGUAGGGCAAGGGGUUGGAAGGUGAUUGGGAGAAGUAGGAUCCAAAUUUGAAGCCGUGGGAUUGGGAUUGUGUGGGGCUGGCUGGGUGGGCUGGAUUUGAUAGUAAAUAAAACUUUGACAAUUCCUGAUUUCUGUCCCAUUCUCUUUCAGUCAUUUCCAGGUCUGUUUUCAGUGGCACCAUCUCAGCUGAUUGUGUUUGUGUCCUCCUUUCUCUCCUGCCUCUCUCUGCCUGCUCUGUUUCUCUCUCAGGGUCUCCCUUGAGCCAGGGCAGCUCCCACCAAAGACCCUGCCCUGAUUCAAUUCCCAGUGCAGGAGCUGCAACAGCCAUGGGUGAAGUUCUGAAGGCUGGCAGUCAAAUGUCCCUGUAAG